CCCGCCUCCUUCUUCUCGUCUCGCGCUGGCCGGGGAUGCUCGCGCGCGGCGCCCCCUUGCCUAAGAGGAGGUGAUAGACGCGGCCGGAGAAGAUGUCGGGCCAAACGCUCACGGAUCGGAUCGCCGCCGCUCAGUACAGCGUGACAGGCUCCGCUGUUGCGAGAGCGGUCUGCAAAGCCACCACUCAUGAAGUGAUGGGCCCCAAGAAAAAGCACCUGGACUAUUUGAUUCAGGCUACCAAUGAGACCAAUGUUAAUAUUCCUCAGAUGGCCGACACACUCUUUGAGAGGGCAACAAACAGUAGCUGGGUGGUUGUAUUUAAAGCUUUAGUCACAACACAUCAUCUCAUGGUGCAUGGAAAUGAGAGAUUUAUCCAGUACUUGGCCUCUAGAAAUACACUGUUCAAUCUCAGCAAUUUUUUGGACAAAAGUGGAUCCCAUGGUUAUGAUAUGUCUACCUUCAUAAGGCGCUAUAGUAGAUAUUUGAAUGAAAAGGCUUUCUCUUACAGACAGAUGGCAUUUGAUUUUGCCAGAGUGAAGAAAGGGGCCGACGGUGUAAUGAGGACAAUGGCUCCUGAAAAGCUACUGAAGAGUAUGCCAAUUCUGCAGGGACAGAUUGAUGCACUGCUUGAAUUUGAUGUGCAUCCAAAUGAGCUAACAAAUGGUGUCAUAAAUGCUGCAUUUAUGCUUCUUUUCAAAGAUCUUAUCAAACUUUUUGCUUGCUACAAUGAUGGCGUUAUUAACUUACUUGAAAAGUUUUUUGAAAUGAAGAAAGGACAAUGUAAAGAUGCCCUAGAAAUUUACAAACGAUUUCUAACUAGAAUGACGCGAGUAUCUGAAUUUCUCAAAGUUGCAGAGCAAGUUGGCAUUGAUAAAGGUGACAUUCCUGACCUCACACAGGCUCCCAGCAGUCUUAUGGAGACCCUUGAACAGCAUCUAAAUACAUUAGAAGGAAAGAAACCCGGAAACAAUGAAGGAUCUGGUGCUCCCUCUCCAUUAAGUAAGUCAUCUCCAGUCACAACUGUUACGUCUCCUAAUUCUACACCAGCUAAAACUAUUGAUACAUCCCCACCGGUUGAUUUAUUUGCAACUGCAUCUGCGGCUGUCCCUGUCAGCACUUCUAAACCAUCUAGUGAUCUCCUGGACCUCCAGCCAGACUUUUCUUCUGGAGGGGCGGCAGCAGCCGCAGCACCAGCGCCACCACCACCUUCUGGAGGGGCCACCGCGUGGGGAGACCUUUUGGGAGAGGAUUCUCUGGCUACACUUUCCUCUGUUCCCUCUGAAGCACAAGUUUCAGAUCCCUUUGCACCAGAACCUAGCCCUCCUACUACAGCUUCUGAAACUGCAACUGCUUCAGCCUCUGCCUCAACCACUACAACUGUCACUGCUGUCACUGCUGACGUGGAUCUCUUUGGAGAUGCCUUUGCAGCUUCUCCCGGGGAGGCCCCUGCAGCAUCCGAAGGGGCCGCCGCGCCAGCGACCCCAGCCCCCGUAGCCGCCGCACUUGAUGCAUGCUCAGGAAAUGACCCCUUUGCCCCGUCUGAAGGUAGUGCAGAGGCUGCACCCGAGCUGGACCUCUUUGCAAUGAAGCCACCUGAGACCAGUGUUCCUGUAGUUACCCCUACAGCUAGCACAGCCCCUCCGGUUCCCGCCACUGCUCCUUCUCCUGCUCCCGCUGUCGCAGCUGCCACCGCGGCCACCGCCGCCCCCGCCACCACCUCAGCCACCGCCACCGCCGCUCCUCCUGCUCUAGAUAUCUUUGGUGAUUUGUUUGAGGCCCCUCCGGAAGUCGCCGCGGCGCCUAAGCCGGAUGCUGCUCCUAGCAUAGACCUGUUUGGUACAGACGCUUUCUCCUCUCCACCACAAGGGGCCUCUCCUGUGCCUGAGAGCUCUCUCACUGCUGACCUCUUAUCCGUGGAUGCAUUUGCAGUACCGUCUCCUGCAACCACUGCCUCUCCAGCAAAGGUGGAUUCUUCAGGCGUGAUAGACCUUUUUGGGGAUGCAUUUGGAAGUAGUGCUUCUGAACCCCAACCUGCACCUCAGGCUGCUUCUAGUUCAUCAGCAUCGGCAGACCUACUAGCUGGAUUUGGGGGUUCUUUUAUGGCCCCUUCUCCAUCACCAGUGACUCCAGCUCAGAAUAACCUGCUACAGCCCAACUUUGAGGCAGCUUUUGGAACAACACCUUCAACUUCUAGCAGCAGCUCCUUUGAUCCAUCAGUGUUUGAUGGUCUAGGUGAUCUACUGAUGCCAACCAUGGCACCAGCCGGGCAGCCUGCACCCAUUUCAAUGGUACCCCCCAGUCCAGCUAUGGCAGCAAGCAAAGCCCUUGGGAGUGACCUUGACUCAUCUCUUGCCAGCUUAGUAGGCAAUCUUGGAAUUUCUGGUACCACAUCCAAAAAGGGAGAUCUUCAGUGGAAUGCGGGAGAGAAGAAGUUGACUGGUGGAGCCAACUGGCAGCCGAAAGUAGCCCCCGCCACCUGGUCAGCAGGCGUCCCACCAAGUGCACCUUUGCAAGGAGCUGUACCUCCAGCCAGUUCGGUUCCUCCUGUUGCCGGGGCCCCAUCUGUUGGACAGCCUGGAGCAGCGUUUGGAAUGCCUCCUGCUGGGACGGGCAUGCCCAUGAUGCCUCAGCAGCCCGUCAUGUUUGCACAGCCCAUGAUGAGGCCACCCUUUGGAGCUGCGGCUGUACCUGGCACACAGCUUUCUCCAAGCCCUACACCUGCCACUCAGAGUCCCAAGAAACCUCCAGCAAAGGACCCAUUAGCGGAUCUUAACAUCAAGGAUUUCUUGUAA